GGCGGAGGGAUAUAUAUAAAACCACAACAUCUAGGUCACUAGUUACUUUUUCGUCUCAGAGAGCAGAUAGGCUAGACCGUAUACCGCCAAGAAAAAUCCGAAAAUGGCAGACCAACUCACAGAAGAACAGAUUGCUGAAUUCAAAGAGGCAUUCUCCCUGUUUGACAAAGAUGGGGAUGGGACCAUCACAACCAAGGAGUUGGGCACUGUGAUGAGGUCACUUGGACAGAACCCUACAGAGGCUGAACUUCAGGAUAUGAUCAAUGAAGUGGAUGCUGAUGGUAAUGGGACAAUUGAUUUCCCAGAGUUCUUGACCAUGAUGGCCAGGAAAAUGAAGGACACAGAUAGUGAAGAAGAAAUUCGUGAAGCAUUCCGUGUUUUUGACAAAGAUGGUAAUGGUUUCAUCAGUGCAGCUGAGCUGAGGCAUGUGAUGACCAACCUGGGUGAAAAAUUAACAGAUGAAGAGGUUGAUGAAAUGAUCAGGGAAGCAGAUAUUGACGGUGACGGUCAAGUGAAUUACGAAGAAUUCGUGAUAAUGAUGACCGGCAAACAAUAACAAAGACAUCUACGUGCUGGAGCAUGUGCAGUACUUUGCUCUUCAACUAUAUAGACUGAAAACGCCACCUCAAAUUCUUGCUGGUUGUUAUUUUGUAUACCGUGGUUUAUCAAUGCUGCACUGACACAGACUUGGCUUCUCUAUCAAACGCUCAUGAGCAGCGAGAAUUUUACAAUUGAAAAGAAAAUGCAGCUAAAAAGGGUAUUUCAAACUUUCAUAAUGACGUUUUUAUCGAAGGAUAAAGAGUAAGAUUUCGGAUUAUGUGCAAUUAGGUUACGUGGUAGUUCAAUCACUGCCGACUACUAAACGCAUGUGACGAAGUUGGAGUUCUUGCGGAUUUCAAGCGAUCAUGUUUUUUUUCUCAUCGUUUUCUGCCUGAAAUUCAUUUUUAAUGGCAACUGUUUUAAAACCAGAAUAAGGAAGUCAAAAUCUGUAAAACGUGUGUCAAUACGACUUGAGAUGAAAACGCUAUUUUGAACUUGUUUUUUAUAUCCAUUCCAACAUCUGAUACAAAAGGAAAUACUUUAUGCCCGGAAGAAAGAAAAUUUUGCUAAAUACUUUUGAAUUUGUGCAAAAUCUGCACAGCAUUUUUCUUUACAAAAUGGUAUUUGAAACGGUCAUGUAAACAUGAUGUCCAACAAGUAGACCAGGCUGAAACGAAGAAAUUUUGAAAUCAAUGUGUGCCACUCACUGAAAAAAUUACAAUUGAAAUUACCAAUUUUAUCCUUAAAAGUUUUUGUAAUUGCUAUAUUUGCAUGUGGCUUAUAAAACACGCUGUACUCCGAAAAAAACUGGAACCACAAGAGCAAGCUCUAGACUCUGGAAGCAUGAUUACUGAAGAAGCAUAUCCUAUAUUGCUUAAGUUUUGGCUACAGUAUGACAUCAGUUUUGAUUUCUUAUGAUUUUCCAUUUCAUUGAAAAUGAUGUACAUAUCUCUUUAAUUAUUAGAACCGAUAAAUCUCUUUUAUUAAAGA